UGCUGCGCGUGAAGAGGAAGCGAUGACGUUAAAUAGCAGCACUUAAUAGAUGCUAGCGAUAAGGACGCGAGACAAUGGGUCAGAACUGACUCUGUAUGUUUGCCACUGGCCGAUCCGCGCGCGUGAACGCUUGAUAAGGGACUGAGGUAAGGCUUUAUCGGGCGCGUGCGCGUGCGCGAGCGCGUCUCCAGAAUUAAACCCGAGCGAGGAGUUCAGCGACACGAAAAAAACCGCGACACAUGGCCACUCCGGUCCCCGCGAACCUCUCGUCUCUGGCCGGACCGGCUCGGGCCCCCGCGGCGUCCCUGGCCCUGUCCCAUCAGAUCGGGAUCGCUAUCCUGGCCGUCGCCUUCGUGUUCGGUUUCCCCGGGAACCUGUUCGUGGUGUGGUCGGUGCUGUGCCGCGUGCGCCGCCGCUCCGUCACGUGCCUGCUGAUCCUGAACCUGUCCGCCGCGGACGCGCUGGUUCUCCUGAGCGCGCCGCUCUUCAUCCGCUUCCUCGCGGGCGGGCUGCACUGGGAGUUCGGGCCCGCUCUCUGCAAGACGGUCCACUACCUGUGCUGCGUCAACAUGUACGCCUCCAUCUACCUGAUCUGCCUGAUGAGCAUGGACCGCUGGCUGGCCGUCACGAAGCCCUUUCUGUCUCAGAGGCUGAGGACCAGGAAGAGGCUGCUGUCCGUCAUGUUGGGCAUCUGGGUGAUGGCCUUUCUGAUGGCUCUGCCCAUGCCGUUCUACCGGACGGUGAAGGCGUUCCUUCCCACCAUGCACGUGUGUAUGCCGUACCACUGGAACAGCGACGCUCACGAAAUCUUCCAGUACCUGUCUGAGACUGUCCUGGGUUUCCUGCUGCCCUUCAGCUUCAUCCUGUUCUGCUACGUCUCGGUGAUCUGCCGGCUGCGCAGCGCCAUGUUCCAGCGCAAAGGAAGAGGGAACGCCCUCAUCCUCCUCAUCAUCACUGCCUUCACCGUCUUCUGGCUGCCGUAUCACCUCAUCAACAUCCUACAGGUGAUUGGUGUGAUGCAGGGCUCCUCCUCUUCCGUCCUCAAAGCAGCAAAAGUGGCCCGUCCCAACGUGACGGCGUUCGCCUUCAUGAGCAGCAGCGUGAACCCCGUCCUGUACGUGUUUGCCGGCAGCUCUCACAUCCGUCAGGCCGGUCUGGGCUUCAUGGCCAAGCUCUUCGAAGGAACCAACUCGGAGUCGGCCUCCACCCGCAGCAGCCGCGGCUCCAACGCAGAGAGCUCCGUGUUCGCCAAGCUGUCCGUCAAAGUGAGCCGCAAAGGAGAGCGAGGCGAGACCCCCGGAGGUGAAGACGAGGCCGCGGCAGACGGACAAAACAGAGACGAGGUCAAGACUCUGACCACGCUGCACUGAAGGGCUCGCGGUCUCCCGAGGGCCGCUUGUAACGCUGUCCGGCUCUCGGUAUCCCGACUGAAAUAUCAACUUCCUGCUGCUGCUGCUGUGUCAGAACAAGGUUUCGCGCUCCCGCUGUUUACUGUCCGUUAUAAAAUAUGAAUAUGUUUGCAUGUAAUCGUUAUUUGCUUACGUCCACACCGCAUUGAGCUGUUCAGACUGGACUAUAUUUGCAUCUCUGACAUGAAGCAGAAUGAUAAACAGUGUUAUAUUCCAAUAUAUAUAUAUCCUUAUUUGUUAGUCCUAUUAGUUUCCUUAUUAAAAUCCAACAGUAAACAAAAAAUAUGCAAAACCUUUAUUUUUUAAAGCUGUUUUAAAUAUAUAUAUAUAUAUUUUUUUGAAAGUGUGGUCAAUGUAAUGUUUGUUUUGAUUAUCAAAUUGUAAACAUUUGCAGUAAUAAAUGCAGAUAAUGAAUGUUU